CUCUCUCCGGCCCAACUCACCCCUUUCUCCUCCUCCUCCUCCAUCGCCUCUUCUUCUCCCCUCUCGUCCUCUCCCUGGCCUCGCCGUCCCAAAACCCUAGCUCGUCGUCGCCUCCCCCUUUCAAUCGAUCGGGCGAGGACCCCUGUUUUCCCCCACGAAUCCCCCCUCCUCGACGCCAUGGACCCGCGGAGCCUCGCCCUCGUGCUCCGCGGGGCGCUCAGCCCUGUCCCGGAGGAGCGGAGGGCGGCGGAGGAGGCCCUCACCGAGUUCCAGUGUACACCACAGCAUUUGGUUACAUUGUUGCAGAUUAUAGUAGAUGAUACCUGUGAUAUGGCUGUACGCCAUGUUGGGAGCAUUCAUCUUAAAAACUUUGUGGCUAAAAACUGGUUGCCUUUCAAGCCUGGUGAGCCCCAGAAGAUUUCAGAGGGAGACAAGUCCAUUGUUCGCACGAAUAUUCUAAGAGUUGUUGUUGAAGUUCCCGGAUUGUUAAGAGCACAGGUUAUUGAAUGCAUCAGAACCAUUAUAAAUGUUGAUUACCCUGAACAGUGGCCAGGUCUUCUUCACUGGAUAAAAUGCAACUUACAUUCACAAGAUCAACAUGUAUUAGGAGCUUUAUAUGUUUUGCUGGUUCUUAUUAGGAAAUACCACUUCAAGUUCAAUGAAGAACGGCUUCCGUUAUCUGUAAUUGUUGAAGAUAUAUUUCUGCACUUAUUAACAGUAUUCAACAAGACUAUUCGGAUUGCCAACCCUUCAACAGAAGUAGCUGAUCUAAUCAAGAACAUAUGCAAAAUAUUCUGGUCAUCAGUUUAUGUUGAGAUCCCUAAGCAACUUUGCGACCCAAAUAUUUUCAAUUCAUGGAUGGUUUUGUUCUUAACUAUAUUGGGAAGAACUAUUCACAUGGAGGGCCAACCAUCAGAUCCAGACGAUAAGAAACUUCAGGGCUGGUGGAAAGUUAAAAAGUGGACAAUUAUCAUCUUUACCACUUUGCUUAAACGAUUUGAUGAUCUGAAGCCACAGACACCCGAUAUGAGAAUUAUUGCUCAAAUGUUUUACAAGAAAUAUGCUGCAAAGAUUUUGGAAUGCCACUUAAAAUAUCUCAAUGUGCUUCGGUCAGGCGGCUACUUACCUGAUAGAGUCAUAGUUCUAGUUUUUCAGUAUCUCCAAAGCUGUAUUUUAAAUAAUAGCAUAUACCGGCUACUACAUCCACGACUUGACAUUAUUAUCUUUGAGAUAAUCUUUCCACUUAUGUGUUUUAAUGACAAUGAUGGGAAGUUAUGGAAGGAAGAUCCUCAUGAGUAUGUAAGGAAGAGAUAUGUCUUUGCAGAUUCUCUUCAAGAUCUAUACAGUCCUCGAUCUGCUGCCGUGGACCUUUUGUUGGUAUUAUUGACAAAAUGUGAGAAAUGCUGCUUUCAAAAGUUCAUUCAUUUUAUUGGGGAGACUUUUAGGAGGUAUAAUGAGGCACCUAUUGACGCUAAACCGUACUCUCUGAAAUGUGGUGCUCUUCACGCUAUUGGGGUACUAUCCAGUAUAUUGAAGCAGAUGGAGCCAUAUAAAUCUCAACUAGAGUGCAUGUUACUCACACAUGUGAUUCCUGACUUUAUGAGCUCUGUUGCUCACCUCCGAGCUAAGGCAGCAUGGGUGGCAGGGCUAUAUGCUGAUAUUGAAUUUUCAGAGCAAAAUUAUUUUCAGAUGGCUAUGAACUGUGCUAUCUCUGGGCUGUGUGACCCAGAGCUUCCUGUACAGGUUGAUUCAGUCUUCGCACUGAGUUGCUUUAUGGAAGCAUGUAAAGAUCUAAAUGAGAUACGUCGAAUUCUGCCUCGAUUACUUAAUGAUAUGUUCAAACUUAUGGGUGAGGUUGACAAUGAUGACGUUGUCUGCACUCUUGAGAUUCUUGUGGUUAAAUUUGGUGAAGAGAUGGCUCCAUAUGCUAUUGGAUUGUGUGAAAAUCUGGCUGCUGCUUUCUGGAAGCGCAUGAAUAUUUCUGAAGCUAAUGUUGAGGCAGAAGAUUCAAUUCCUGUUGCUGCUGUUGGUUGUUUACAUGCCAUAAGCAUAGUUCUUGAGUCGGUGAACAAGCUUUCUCAUCUAUACGUCCAGAUUGAACCCAUUUUGUUACCCAUAAUGCAGAGAAUGUUGACUCCAGAAGGUGAAGAAGUUUUUGAAGAAGUUAUUGAAAUUGUCACCUAUAUGACAUAUUUCUCCCCAACAAUAUCAAUGGCAAUGUGGAGUCUUUGGCCGUUGAUUAUGGAUGCACUUCAAGAUUGGGCUGUAGAUUUCUUUGAAAAUAUUCUAGUUCCGCUGAACAAUUACAUAUCCCGAGAUACUGCUCAUUUUCUUGCGUGCAAGGAGCCUGAUUAUCAGCAAAGCCUGUGGGUUACACUCUCAUCUAUUAUUACAGAUAAGAACUUGAAUGAUGACAAUAUUGAGCCAGCACCUAAACUCAUUGCAGCAGUCUUGCAAAACUGCAAAGGCCAUGUUGACCACUGGAUCCAGCCAUAUCUCAUUGUUACGAUUGAUCGCUUGCAUAGAACAGAGAAGCCAUAUUUGAAAUGCCUCUUAGUACAAGUGAUAGCAAAUGCGCUUUAUUAUAAUGCUUCUUUGACUCUCGAUACUCUUCAUAAGCUCGGGGUUACAACUGAAAUUUUCAAUUUCUGGUUUGAGCUACUACAAGUUGAUAAGAGUGGUCGCCGUGCAAAUUUUAGAAGAGCACAUGAUAAAAAAGUUUGCUGCUUGGGAUUAACUUCACUUCUUGGCCUUCUAGCAGAAAAACUACCACAAGAUGCUUUUAAAAGCGUCUUCAUAGCCAUACUUGCCCUGCUCGUGUCUUACAAGAAUCAAGCUACAGCUGCAGAUGAUGAAGACGACAGGGUAGAUGAGUUGGAUCAAGAAAUGCGAAUUGAUGUGGAGGAUGGGAAUAGAAAGGAAAACGGUGAAAAUGAUGAAUCUGAUGAUGAUUACUGUGAUGACGAAGAUUUGCAAUCGCCAAUUGAUGAGGUGGACCCUUUCAUUUUCUUUGUCGAAACUGUCCAAGUUAUUCAAGCAUCUGAUCCAGCCAGGUUUCACAACUUCAUGGGAAGCUUGGACCUGCAUAACCGAACACUUGCGGUUUGCAUAGAUCAACAUGCUGAAGAGAGAAGAAAUAGAGAUGGGAAAGGAGACUCUCAAGAACAACCACAAAGUGGCCGUGGUCUGAUCCAGCUCUGGAGAAGGUGGUAACUGUUUUUUCUUUUUUUUUCCCGGUUUGCUGGGCCCCGUGUUUAGUGUCAUCAUCAUAGAUACGGAAGAGGUUCAUAGAUACGGAAGAGGUUUGCUGGGCCCCGUGUUUAGUGUCAUCAUCAUAGAUACGGAAGAGGUUUGUAUACCUUUCUCUCUUUUCUGUUUUUCCCCUCGCAGUGAUGUACAUACAUAGAAAUAAUUUCUUUUCCUCUUUCCUUUUUGUAAAUAUGAAAUUUACUUCAUGUUAACAUUUAGAGGCUGUGAUGUACA